UGUGUCAAUAUACAGCUGUUAAAAUACAAUCUGCAGAAAUGCUCUGGCCAUGAAAGGGUUAAGCAAGAGGCCCUGCCUCUGUGACGCAACUAAUCUGCAGCUGAGUUGCAGACUCCUGGCAUCUACAGAAGUACCAGUUUUACUUUCAAAGUUAUAUCAAAAAGAUGCAGAAAAACUACACUUCAAGAAGUGGAUGAAGAGUUAAAUGCUAGCAAGAGUGCAAAGUGCGUGCUUGUCCGGGUAGAAAACAGCUUUAACAAAGGAUCAAGCAGGAAGAUAAGAAGAUACAAGACAAGAGAGAAGACAUAGGCUAAAAGGAAGCAAGGAAACAAACUGAAGAGAAACAAGACCGGAGAGUGAAAAAGAACAAAGACGAACAAAGGAAACUGUUGAGGAACAAAGGUCAGAGAAGGCAAAAUUGGCAACAGAACAGAGAGAGAAGAGUAAAGAAACACCACCAUGUCCCACCGGCUGUUUGAGGGGAAGGCUCAUGCCUCCAUCUACCAAAAGUAUCGAUUUACUCCUCCAGAUGAGGUCAAGAACUAUAUUCUUCAGUAUCUAAACAAAAGGAAGGAAGAGCCACAUGUGCUGGCAGUGGAUCUGGGAUGUGGGACAGGUCAGAAUUCCCGGCUAAUGGCACCGUACUUCCAGGAAGUGGUGGGCAUUGACAUUAGCGAGUGUCAACUGGAGGAGGCCAGAGCUGUGCCAGGGUUUCCUAACGUCACAUACAGGAAGGGGGUAGCAGAGGUCCUUCCUUUUCCAGAUGGCUCAGUAGACUUGCUGACAGCAGCGUCAGCAGCCCACUGGUUUGAUCAGUCGAGGUUCCUAGUUGAGGCAAGUCGGGUUUUAAAACCCCGGGGUUGCAUGGCUCUGCUGGGCUUCUGUGACUCUAACACCAGACUUCACUACCAGAACUGUGGAGAAAGACUCACUCACAUCUAUGAAGAGGUGAAGCUGGCGCUGUUGCCACACACUAGCAAUCAAGUAGCUGUAUCUGAGGGUAAGCUGGAAGAGAUCUACUCAGCCAUCCCUUUUCCAGACAAAGAGAGGAUUGAGAGUAUUCGGGUGAGCUCACCAAUCUCUGUGAGGAACCUGGUGGGUUUCAUUGAGACCUGGUCCAUGUUCCAAGCUUCCAAGAAAAAAGAUCCCCAGACUGCUGAAGACCUGCUGCUCAAGACUCAGAAGAGGUUUCUGGAUGAGAUGGGAGUCACGUCUCCUGACACUGAAAUAGAGCAUGAACUGGAAUAUUUCUGUGUCCUGGCAUCAAAACCACAAUAAUCAACAAUGUGGCAUUGAGAGAGAGAGAGAGAGAGAGAGAGAGAGAGAGAGAGAGAGAGAGAGAGAGAGAGAGAGAGACAUUAUGUUUGUGAGUGUCAGAUAUGCUGCAGUUUUCUAUUUGUUAACUUAGGAGUGUGCUUGUGAUUGUCUUGUGUAAUGCAAGUGGAUAAGUCAUAUGACAAAUAAUUCUGAUCAGACUUACAAUAUUAUCCCUUAACACUGCUUUUUGUCAUAGUUUAACGAAUAGUUUACAAUUGAUGUACUUGUGUGUUGACAUAUUCAUCAAUAGAACAUUUACAAAUGAUUUCAUAUGUACUGAAUUUUGCUUGUAAGUAAAUUUUGUUUCUCAACAGAACAGCUGAUCCCUUGUAGCCUUAAACGCACACUGAGAGGUUAUAUAACUGAGAAAAAAUAAAUUCUUUUGAAAUAUAA